CAAAACAAGAAGAGCAAGAAGAAGAUGAAGAUGAAGUGAAAUGUAACGCACACCGUACGAAGAAAAAUCGAGUCACCGUGUCGUGCUAAUUUUCUAAGGUGGUAUCCCCUUUCCUACGCACGGAAAUACACGGAUCGGAACGGGUUAUUCGCGCGGGUGGUGUUCUGUGUUUCUGGCCGACCGAAACCAUCGGCUCCCAAGCAAACCUUUGCCUGACGACAGCCGACCGAGUGCUUCUUGGUGGUACAAUUCUAAAUGGAGUGUUCGCCGUCUUUGUGGAGCGCGAGUGUGAUCAUUUAGAUGAAGAUAGGAAAAGAUUGAUGGGUUUAGCCUCAGUGCGCGCAUCGUGAUUUCCAUGCGACAUAUCGUUAUUAUCCCGGGCCAUUCCCAAAGGAACAAUCAACAUCGUCCGAGCAUGGUCCAACCAUGAAGAUGCCGCAUGUAAUCGAACCGUCUAGGUGACAAAAAACACGGAACAAAACUGUCAUCAGAGCAAAAUUGCAUAGCAACUGGGCUGCUUUUCAGUUGCAGUGUUCGUCGCUCCAUGAACAUAGUAGCAAACACGUUUCGAAAAUUGUCCAAAAAAGAGGGAAACCGUUGAAGACAUUGUUCUCCAUGAUUUCAGUGGUUUAAAUCUUGGAAGUUACAUUAGCUGAAACACGUCCUACGUCCCUCGAUCUCGAUCUUCAUCGCUAAUUAUCACCAAACGCGUGAGUGUGCCAGUGCAAUGUAAACGUGUUUGUCAGCAAAGGAUAUAGUCCUUGAAUCCUUGAUGGCGCAGUAAAGUUUGUGCGUGUGUGUGUUGUGUCCGUGGACGUGUGUGUGUGUGCCCUGGCACGGCAUUUGUUUUGCGUUAUUUUAUUUACUAUUUAUUUAUCUCCCCGGUGUUCUCCGUUCGAUACCGCACUGUGCGCCAUUACCUCUCAGCCUCAUCGUUGUAGUAAGCCCAAAAGUGUGACAAGUUUAUCGGUUGAGCUGUGGCGGUUUUAAAUGUGUCCACGAUUUGCGUCAAUUUGCGUGUGUGAAUGUGUGUAUAUAAAGUGAAUGGUCGGUUGCGUUUUAAGUGUUCCACUUCCGUUCUGCAUUUAGAUGGGAAAUAAUAAGUUCCCCCGAGCAAAUGUAUGUGUCGUGGCCGAGCUUGUGUUGCGUAAAAUCAUGAAAAAGUAUUAAGAGUGUACAAAAGAAAAAAAAAAGUUGUAAAAGAAAUCAAUUUUAUCCGAGCAAAACCAAAUCAAAGAGAAAAAUCACGACCCCUGCGCAACUAAGGUUUGGAUAAAAGGAGUUUACUUUCAUAUAAAGAAGAAGAAAAAAAUACCAUAAGCCGCUGCCUGCAUCCUUAUUCUUCACCCAUACCGGGAACAUUUCGAAGCGUCCCAGAGCAUCGACCAACGGAACAUCAUCAUGUCCAGCGAAGAGGAUAAACCACCGGCACCACCCGUCCGGUUGACGAGCAAUCGAGGUGGUGGCGGAGGUGGGGUCGGCGGUGGCGUAGGGGGCGGCUCUGGAGUUGUCGAUCGAAUCGAUGGUGUUGCUCCGGUGGAUAUGAAACCGUUGCCAAAAGAACCGGAAGAUGCCGAUCGCAAGAAGAAAACGCUCAAGAAUAAAAUUAAAGUUUCGAAGGCGUCCCACAACGAUUCCAAACCGAAUAUAUCCUAUCCGACCAACUUUGAACAUACCGUUCACGUAGGGUUCGAUGCGGUGACCGGAGAAUUUACGGGUAUGCCAGAGCAAUGGGCGCUGAUGCUGAAGAACUCGAACAUUAGCAAGCAGGAGCAGAAGAAAAAUCCUCAGGCCGUGCUGGACGUGCUGAACUUCUUCGACAACAGCAGCAAACAGCGGCCAAGCUCGAAAUAUAUGACCCAUGGACUGCACACAACAACACACUCGGCAUCGUCCAUAGGGUCGUCGCUGAGCCGGGUAAGCAGCAGCAGUCCAAGCAGCACGCCAACCGACUCCGAAUCGCACGGUGGCCCCGGGGCGCAAAUCAUCUCGAGCAGCCAUUCGCAGGCCUACAGCCUUGGCCUGUCGUCACACAACUCGGCCGGCGAUCAUGACAGCGAUGAGCUGGGCGUGCUCAGCGGUAGCGCCAGCGGAAGCAUCAGCGGCAACGGCAUUCCACCGCCCAUCGCCAGCCGCCCCGAACGGACCAAAUCAAUCUAUACACGCCCGAUCGAUGAUCCGAUCUCACCGCCAAUACCUCCGCAUUUGAGUGCCGGUGCGACACACCAAUCGCUGGCCAGUACCGGCUCCGUUCGCAGUCCAACGCAGUUCGACAAGAACAAGAACUCGGUCAACGCAGCAUCCGCACAAACGAUUAGCAGCUUAGCGGGUGGCGCAGUCAACGUUCCGAGCCAACAGCUGCCUCAGCAUUUGCACCACCACCAUCAACACCAAGCUGGCAACAAUGGGCUCAGCAUCGAUACAGGCACCUCGGCGGUCGCUGCCGCCGCAGCAGCGGUCGCGGUUCCCGCACCCAACAACGUCAACAACGGUACCAACCUCAACAGCAGCACGACGACGACUCCGGGCGCUACGACGCAGCAGCGGGCCGCCAACUUGAAGAAGAAGAAAAUGUCCGACGAAGAGAUCCUGGAGAAACUGCGCACGAUCGUGAGCGUAGGCGAUCCGAAGCGAAAGUACAACAAGAUGGAAAAGAUUGGCCAGGGCGCAUCCGGCACGGUGUACACCGCGAUCGAAAGCUCCACCGGUAUGGAGGUGGCGAUCAAGCAGAUGAACCUGAGCCAGCAGCCGAAGAAGGAGCUGAUCAUCAACGAAAUUCUGGUGAUGCGGGAGAACAAGCAUCCGAACGUGGUCAACUACCUGGACAGCUACCUCGUGUCGGAGGAACUGUGGGUGGUGAUGGAGUAUCUGCCCGGCGGAUCGCUGACGGACGUCGUGACGGAGACGUGCAUGGACGAGGGCCAGAUAGCGGCCGUCUGUCGGGAGGUGCUGCAGGCGCUCGAGUUCCUGCACAGCAAUCAGGUUAUUCAUCGAGAUAUCAAGAGCGACAACAUCCUGCUGGGAUUGGACGGGAGCGUAAAGCUGACCGACUUUGGCUUCUGCGCUCAGAUUUCGCCGGAACAGUCGAAGCGUACGACCAUGGUCGGUACGCCGUACUGGAUGGCCCCGGAAGUGGUCACCCGAAAGCAAUAUGGACCGAAGGUUGAUCUCUGGUCGCUAGGCAUCAUGGCAAUCGAAAUGAUUGAGGGAGAACCACCGUACCUUAACGAGAACCCGCUCCGGGCACUGUACUUGAUUGCGACGCACGGUAAGCCGGAGAUCAAGGAGAAGGAGAAGCUCAGCACCGUCUUUCAGGAUUUCCUUGACCAGUGUCUCGAGGUGGACGUCGACCAGCGUGCCACGGCGUACGAACUGCUAAGGCAUCCCUUCCUGAAGCUGGCCCGACCGCUCGCCAGCCUAACGCCACUCAUCAUGGCCGCGAAGGAAGCAACGAAGGGCCACUGAAAACGGGAGGACGUCGUUCUACCAUCGGCGGCCACCGUUGGGACCGACGUAACUGAUGGACCCUCCUGCAGCCGUGCUGAUGCCGGUGCGCUGGUUGGCGCCGCCCGCUGCCCCUCCUCCUCACGGAACGAUGGUAGCAGCACCGACGAUCCGCACACCGGCAACAGCAGUGAGUCAAAACGUGAUAAUCCCAGUAUGGUCAACGUACUGUUGCUGCCGUCCAUCGAUAACAACAGCUGCUAGUACGUACUUCGCCCUUUUCCGCCGCAGCGCUUACCGUGCAUAGCAUCCGAAACACCACUAUUGUGCAGUGCAUAAAAAGGAAGGAACGGUUAAAGGAUGCAUGCGUGUGUGUGUGUGUGGUGGUGGAAGAUACGCUCACGCACGCACUGGACCUGUGUGGACUGAAGCAAAAUAGCAUAACGAGACCGACCGACCGAGCAAAGCUUGUAAAUAGUGAAAAUCAAACGGGAAUGGAGCAUCGUCAACGGUGCUGAGGCCAUUCGAUCACUUGGACAACAGCAAAGAAAAACGAAGCCCCUCUAUAUAUGUAUAUGUGUGUGUCCUGUAAGCGAGAGAAGCAAGAAAAACGCAAAAGGGUAAACAAAGUAAACCUGCGUAGUCAAAACCAUUACUUUUAGUUUUGGGGCGUAAGGAAGGAAGCAAUGAAAAAACAGAAAGAGAAGACUAAUAUUUAAUAUGUAGGACGAAUUACUGCUAACCUAGGUAACAGCAACGAAAGCGUUGCAGCAGAUUAAAACAUAAGACAAGAGAACGAGCAAUGGGGAAAAACAAAUCAUGAUGGUUUGUGGAUGUCACUGCAUCGCGCGGGAAAAGUCGUAGCAAAAUAUAAAAUAUUAAACAAACACAAAUACAACAAUAAUAAGCAGCUGGGACAGAAGAGAUGUUAAUCUAGUAGGAGGUGAAAAAGCGCAUAGUGAUAGUUUCGUAGCUACGCAGCACCAGCAGCAACCACCCUCCCCUUAUACACAACAUACAAACAAUAGAGCAGUCGGUAUUUGUGUGUGAAGGUCGAUAGCAAAAGGCGCGUUCACUACAACCGUUGUAUUAGUUUACCUGUACCCACGAGAGCCAUGCAGCUGAACGAAGAGAAGAACCAUCGCUCGGAAACUCCCUUCGUUUGCUUUGUAGAAGAAAAGUCCUCUAUAUAGUGCGUGCGUGUGUGUGUAUAAAGUGUAGUGUUGAUAGUAACAAGUGUGAAUAUCGCACACACACUAAUUCCCCGAAAAUUGAAACAGUGUAGUGAACGAUUGUAUAGUGUAUAUAAAUAGUACAAAGAGAAACAAACAAGAGGAAAACACACAUAAAACAACAACAAUGACGAAUGGCUUAAAAAAACGCAACUAAUACAAGCGUAUAUAAACGGAAGGCGAAACGAGCUCGUAUCGCACGCAACAAACAAAACGGAACUUCUUCCAAAACAUUAAAGUAAAAGAGAAAAAAAUACGUUAAACAAACAGUGUUGUGGGUGUAGAGAAGACAAAAGCGUUCAAUAAUAUAUAUAAAAAAGGAGAAAACAAAGGACACAGCAAAAGAAGCAGAGGAAGGAAAAACGAACAGUGAAAAGUGCCUACAGUCAAGAGAGGAGGAAAACAGACACGUGGAGCUAACUGAGGAGGAGCGCGUUUUCUGCUCGCUGGUGAGUGCGCUUUUCCUACCUUUUUAUCGCAUUAUUUAACCGGUCUCUUUUUUGAGUUAUUUCUUUCGCUAAUCUUGUGCAUGCACGUAUGAACUAUGCACACACACACACAAGACACCAACCACCACGACAAGCAAUCAGCAGGGAGAUGGUGGGGUUUUUGGGUGUCGAUUUCUUAGCCUUUUUUUGUUUUUGAGUAAAGCCCCACACACGGAAAGAAUGUCCUUCAAUUGUUCGCACGUUUGAACGCAGUACGUUGGCGGUAUAAAGUUCUGGAAGCACACAACCCAUAAAACACGCAAAGUAUUAUAACACAUAAUAGCCUAAAGCAUAACAAACAAACAAAAAAUCAACCACGGACGAACGGAGGAUGGCUGCAGCUGUAAGGAAGCAUUCUUACAGUAAUAGGGCGCAUUGAGAAGGACACGGGGAUAAUAAGGACUGAGAGAGAGAGAGAGAGAGAGAGAGAGAGAGAGAAAGAGCUUACGUUCGAUUCGAUUAGCCUUUCACUCCCUCGCUCACGUGUGUAGAUAGAGUUGUGUUUUUGUUUUAAUUUUGCGAAAAAGAAUGGGAUUUAAUACUUUUUUUGUUAAAUGAGUGCUUGGUCUAAUCUGCCUCUCUUUCUGCUGAGAGCUGAGAGCGCCGUCUUCGCUUCACAAUCAUGUACAGUAACAAAACCAGAGCCGCGGGCGUAUAUAUAUAUAUAAAGCGUUGUGCUAUACUUAUUUCCCCCUAACCUAAGCUAAAGCCUCCACACACACUAUCGUCAUUAAUUAUAAUUACUUAUCAUCUUAUACUCGAUUGUGUGUGAGUGUGCGUGCGUGAGAAGAAGAAGGGCCAGGCGUGUGAUCGCGCUUAUUUUGAGGGUGUUUUCUAUAAUUGCUCGACAAUAAAGAGAUGGAAGAGAUUUAUCCGUUACUCAUACUGCAAUAAGUACAGCGAAACACGUUCGCAUACAGGCUCACCCGUUUCCCGGGUUUUUUUGUUGUGCUUCUUCCCGCUCGGCUGGAGAACGCGAAAUGAUUUAAUGCGCACACCAUAUAUGAUUUUCGCCAUAGUGGAAGAAACUGUAUUAUAUCGUACUACGAGAGGAGCUAGGGGAGGAAACACGGGCAGCUAGUUAGUGCGAGGCAAAACUAUCGCGAAUAAACAGAAGAGUUUACAAAAACCAGGCUAACGAGGAGAGUGGCAUUCUGCAACAAAAAAGCACCCGAAGGAAAUCCGUCGUUUUUUUUGUCAGUUACUUUUCCGUUAAAAUCACUCUUUUUGUUCCAUCACGCUAUUUACUGGCUUCCUCCUAUUUGUUUUUUUUUUGUAAAACACGCGCGCUAGUCUCUUGAACUGGUGCAAAAAUUGCCGCUUAAAAAGCCGGUGUCGUCUGCUCACAGUAAAAAAAAGAAGAAGAAGAUAUUUAUCCCGUCUUCGUUCACCCUCUCCAUUGCUUUCGUUGAGAAGUGUAUAACCAUCGUUGCUAAUACUAAAGUAUCGUAAGAGAGUACUACUCAAUAUAGUACAUAAAUGGGUAAUGAACAAAACUUGUAACAGAAGAAACAAAUCCCCGUUUUUUUUUUGUUUCCCUGUAGGUUGAGUAUAUAUGAAAGACAAACCAAACACACACAGAAACAGGCAGGUAAACAAACAAAUGUUUUGUUAGGAGACAUUGAAUGAUAUAGAGAAGGCAACAACCCAACACCCCCCAAUGCAUAUAAACUAUAUUUAACAAGCAUAGCAAAAGGAAAUUUUGGCGCCUGGGUAGUAUUGUAGGGUUAGCCGGAGAGCUAGAAAUGUUGUUGAACACACACACACCAAGCCAAUACACAACAACACAAAAGUUCCCUAAUGAAGCGAAUCAUUUGAGAGAGAGAGAGAAAACACAUUACAAAAUAAUACAACACUUAAAUACACCUGUGUAUAAAAUGAUGUAAAAUUAGUGCAAACAGCUGAUAGGAUAGAACGAAUGAAAGCACGAGGGAAGGGCGGACACAACAGAAAGAGAGCAGACAGAACACAAAUCAGAGAGGGCUUGCUACGGAGAGGAAAACGGAUUGCAAAAAGGGGGGAAAAUAAAGAAAACCGAUUUUAUACGA